GUUUCGGGUUCUGCGCAUGCGUAUUCUAUCCGUUGCCAUUUUGUUCAGUAUUGCUUCUCAUUCAGAUGGAGUUGAGUUUCUCCGUUCAACGAUGGACGACGGAAAAAACUGUCAGUGUGACAAACUCACUGAAGAUGAAUCUAAAUAGACUACUUGGAGACUCAGUAAUAGAAAACACAAGAAAAUAUAGAUGAUUCCAGUGAUAGAAAAAUCUUGGGUGUUGGAUAUCACGUACAAGCAGUUAGUGAAGUCAGUCAUAUACCAGUUGAACAUUUCUACUGUUCUGACUAAAGAAUGAAGGAACAAUUUAGUGCUGCUCUGAUUAAUCACACCACACAAAUGAAACCAACAUUCCCUGCUGGCAUUCCUGCCAAUAUGCAUUGCACUCCUGUUACCACUCUUGGGGCAUUUACCACUACUCAGGUGUUGUCUCCAGUCUACUUACCUGCUAACUUUCCAGGCUUCUCACAACCGGUAUUUACUAAUAACCAACUGUUUGUGAGUACUCCGCCCACUGUAGUUUUGCAGCCUAAUUUCCAGUGUCUACAGAGCAUUCCUACUGCUAGUCUGACCAAUACAUUCCCAGCUGUCAACGCGAUAGAGCCCGUGUCGACUACAAAUGUAGAGGCUGCUGAUGAACCAGUGCUGCUUGAGGAGGAGGACCCCAAUGAGGAGUUGGUGAUUACAAAUUCCAAAGAGCAGAACUACGAACAGAACCAAGAAGAAACGGAAGUGGGAAGUUCUGUAUGUGAGGAAGGGAAAGACGAAGUGUCCGUCGACCUUGACUCGGACGCUUCCUGUGAGAUUUGCCCCGACACUGACAACAAGUCCGUCGACUCGGUUAUACUGACCGAGAAGUAUGACCAGUUCGUGUCGUCUGAGUCUCCGGUCUCCGAGAAUGUUGAAGAGGAAGAAGAGGAGGAGGACGAAGAAGAGGAGGAAGAGGAAGAUGAGGAGGAUUAUACCGAAGAGAUAAGUAGUCAGAAUCCCAGUGAAGUACCAGUCUCUCCGAGUGGCUCUGAAGAAAUUCCUGAUCCUCACUGUAACCUGGACAUGUGUGAAGAUACAGAAGAUGGUCUACUAGAGACUUACGAGGAACCAGACUUUGUGUGGGAGGAAUAUCUUCAGGAGACUGGGGCUCUAGAAGUGCCACCAACAGCAUUCAAACAUGUUGAGUGCAGCUUACAGAGUGGUUUUGUGAAAGGGAUGAAGUUAGAAGUUGCAGUGAAGUCCACUCCUGACACAUAUUGGGUGGCUUCGGUUAUCAUGACUUGUGGCCCUCUUCUCCGUCUUCGUUAUGAUGGUUAUGGUGACGAUGGAUCAGCCGAUUUUUGGCAUGAUCUUACUGCCUCAGAAAUACACAGUAUUGGCUGGUGUGCCCAAAAUAAUAAAACACUAAUGCCUCCUGAUGAACUCAAAAACAAGAUUGGAAAUUGGCGGGACUUUUUAACAACUUCCCUUGUUGGAGCAGCUACUGCUCCUUUGUACCUGCUUGAUAAGACAACUGGAACAACUCCUGUUGAUCAAAUAAAGCAAGGUAUGCGUCUAGAACUGCAGGACCAUAUCAACCCCAAUCAUGUUUGGAUUGUGAAAGUGUUGGAGAAUGUUGGUGGACGUUUAUAUUUACGUCAGGAAGGUCUAAACCACUCUGAAACUGACUUCUGGCUAUUCUACCUCAAUCAUUUGCUUCACCCCAUUGACUGGGCAAAGCAGAACAAUUAUGAAUACUCUCCUCCCAAAGAGUAUGAAGAUCAGUAUACGAAAGAAGAAUGGGAUGAGAUUUUCCAGGAGGCUUUAAAGGAAGCUGAAGCAAUGCCACUCCCUGUUGAUAUAUUCAAGGAUCAGAUUGAAAUCCGCAGGCAUAAUUUCAAAGCUGGAUGGAAGCUUGAGGCUGUGAACCCAGUGACAAAGAACGAAAUUUGUCCUGCUACUGUAAUUGAUGUUAUUGAUGAUAAAUACUUCAUUGUCGAAAUUGAUGAUGUUCGACCCCUCAAUGAACGUUCAUACAUCCGAUUUGGUUGCCACAUCGACUCACCUGGUAUCUUUCCUGCUAUGUGGUGCAGGAGGAAGGGAAUUCAUUUGAAAAAACCAGCAGGUUGGGACGGAGAGUUUGAUUGGGCAGAAUACCUUUCCAAUAUAGAUUGUAAAGCUGCUCCUCGCAAUUGCUUUGGAUCAGUUUGCAUGGAUGUUCCUUACCAUCAGUUCCAGCGUGGUCUGAAACUUGAGGCUGUAAAUCCAGAUAAUAGCAACCAGAUAUGUGCUGCUACUAUUACAAAGAUUGUUGACAGACUGAUGUGGAUUCACCUGGACAACAGUUCUAAAAUGAAAGCGAGUUUUAUCGAAGACAUCGACUCGCACAAUCUUUUUCCAGUUGGCUGGUGUGAGAGCAACGGGUACCAGCUGAAUCCUCCACGAAGAACUGGCUUUAGGCGACCUCACAAACAAGUUGCUGUUGUGCAGCCUGAACCAGUGACAAUUGAAAGUCAUUUAUCAGCCACAGAUACAUACAAUAAAAUUAAAAAUGUCAAUAUUGAAGAGGACACGUGGUGCCCUAAGAUAUACUACAAUCACCGUUGCUUUUCUGGUCCCUAUCUGGCAAAGAGUCGCAUAGCUGAGCUGCCUAAAUCAAUUGGUCCUGGCCCCAUCAAACUAGUCAUGACGGAAGUACUGACUAUGUUGAUUAAUGUGGCCUAUAAAUCCAGUCGUGUGUUACGUGAGUUACAAGUGGAUGGAGAAGACAACCCUAACAUGCAUCAACAAGUUUUAAAAGCAAAAUACAAGGGCAAGAGUUAUCGUGCUGCUGUUGAGCUGUGCCGAAAUGUGAAACAGCUUGACGAGUUCUGUCGACAGAUAUGUAUUAAGCUUGAAUGUUGCCCGAAUUUGAUUAGUCCACACUGUAUUGAUGAUGACUGUCCCGAAAACUGCUCUCAACUCACCAAAACAAAAUAUAUUCCAGCCUAUUACUAUGGUAAGAAAAAGCGGAAAAUCGGUCGACCUCCAGGAGGUCACAGCAAUCUAGAGAAUGGUCCUAGGAAAACUGGGAAACGAAGAAAGAAAAGGAAAGGAAGUUUGAGUCGUAAAUCAAGAUCGUCCAUGGAUGAUAUUUAUGCUGAUGAUGUUACUGCUGAAAAUUCCAACACUGUCUCUGAGAAGCGGUCUGCCUCACCAUCCAGUGAAAAUAAUUCCUCCAAAAGUGAUACUAAAAAGACUUCUGAUAGUAAACCUGCAAUUAAAAGAAAAUACACUCACCAUGUUCCUCCACGUUCAGAAAUUCAUACUCGAGGUGCUAAGCUUCCAAAAUAUAGUUUUGAAAGGAAAACCCAUAAAAAGAUCCUUAUUACCCCUGCUCCACCAUCUAGUUCUGCCAAGUCCUUACCGUCUCCAACAACUGAGGCAGCACUUCCUAUCACCGUAUCUGUGCUAUGUGCCGAAAAAAAAAAGAAAAGAAAAAGGUACCCAUGGCAGAGGAAAACCGAGCCAAUAUCUCCGAAAGAAGAAAUAUCUAUAAAGAAAGAAGAAGAAAAUGAUGACAUGUGUGUCGAUAUAUUGUCAAACCCUCUUUAUUGGACUGUUAGUGAUGUGGUUAGUUUCAUAAAAAGUACGGAUUGUGCACAGUUUGCUCGUCUCUUUAGACAAGAGGUAAUAUAUGUUUAUAUUAUACAUAUUCUUUAUUCUAUCAAAAAAGUUUGUCGUUUAACUCUGCCCAUGCUGGGGCACCAUUUUCAGUGAUUUAUAUAUUAAUCU